AGUUUUUCCAAUGUAUCACAAGUCAGUGCCAGUCACCAAUCAGUGGAUGUAACAUAUCAAGAUUUUCGCUAUAAUUACACAGGUAAAGCUUUAAUAUAAUUUAGGAAGUAUCCUAAAGCCCCCAUUGAUCGACCGGUCAAAAGAGAUCGUCGAAAAACCUACCGAUCGGACGACGUGUAAUGAAAAAUGUCUGGUUGGUGCAGCUUUUGUCCGAGGUCGAUCCUAAUCGUAUAGGCCUAUAAACGGUCAUUUACUUCGAGCAUUGGAAAUAAAUGUAAAUUUAUACGUGCUGUAGUAGGCAAAAGGAAUGCUGCACAGUAAGCAAGGUGCAUGACUCACAGCAAGCAGGCGCGCGAGUUACGGUAGGGAAGUAUUUCAUUUGAAUGUGAGCGCUUUUUAUUGCAGGCAUGAUUAACUGACGGGAAUGCAGACUUUCACUAGGGAAUGUUCGAUAAGCGGUCAAAAAUUUAACAAAGAGACCUGUAAGAAAUGGAAUUCGUUAUUAUACCCAGGAAUAGAGAAGAUCCAUAAAGACAAACAUGAAUGUCUAGUUAUCAAAGGCGAUGCCGUGGAUUAUAUACAGAGUGUUUUAAUUAAGGUCUUAGAAAGCCUUUGCUCCAAUCAACCGAGAACAUGCGACGAUGUUGACAAAUUCAUCAAUAAAUUUUUUGUGCCACCCCUAAAUGUAACCGUCCUAAAGACAGCUCAUGAAAAUCUAGACCUCAUGAACCAAAAGAGCAAACGAAGCUCAAAAGCUUCAUCAUCCAUCUUUCCGUUAGAUAAAAUCCAUCAGCUACUGCUCAAAGACAUUUUUGAUUAUAGAUUCAACAACCAGAUCACUGUCUACUUCGUCUCUAUUUUAGAAUGUAUCGCUAGAGAUAUAUUAACGUUAGCUGGGAAUUUCGUGAGUCUUCUAAGUAAACCGAAUAAUAUGAUAUCGAAGGAAAAUAUAAUCGUGGCGAUCAGAGCUGACGAACAUUUAAGUCACCUAAUCAGACAAUCGGGAAGCGAGAUUUCACUAUGCGACAGUGAUAUCAAGUAUACGAAGCCUGCAGCCUAUGAUAAUUAUGACAAACUGGCUCGUGAUAUUGUUCUUAAGGAAUCGCAGUAUUUAAGAGAAUUAAAAAUGAUUUGUAAAGUUUUUAAAGAGCCAAUAGUCAAAUUUGAAGUUCCUGGAGAUCAAGUUGAAAAAAUCUUUAGUGAAAUAGACGAUGUUCUCGAUGCAACUAUGACGCUAUACGAUUAUUUAGAAGACGGUUUUUCUGUAGACGAUGGGAAGCCUUUAAUAGGCAAUUGUUUUAUGGAAAUGAUAGAAGGGGAAGAAUACUACAUCUAUCAGCGAUAUGCAGAAGCUGUUCUCAAUCCUGAACUUAAUAUACAAAGUGAAUUGGAUAAGUUACUAAGGGACUACCCUGAAGUCGCGACAGAAUUCAAGAAAUACGGCAACUAUGUGUUCGAUGCUCUCAUUUAUUGCCUGCCGAAAAUGCUUUUUAUGCCAGUCUAUCACUUCUUCACCUAUAAUGAACAUUUAGAUCAACUGUUGGAGUUAUCUAUCGAUGCAGAAGACAAAUUCUCAUUAGAGCAGUCAUCGUGUAUUGUUAAAAGUAUUAAAAUCAACAUUGAAAAUUUCAUGCAACAGAAUGGAGUCAGCCUCAAAAAUGAAUCGACUCUACAUAUGCAUUUCACUGCAAACGAAGGUCGUUCAUUUUGUCUUAAGAAAAUUGAGGAAGUUCAAAAGAAUGUCGAAAGUAUUGAAAGUAAAAUUGACAAGCGUGAAAUGGAACAAAUUUGCGAACAAUUUGUCAUGGAAGGACGACUCAACAAAUGGUUCGGAAAACAGAGAGUGAAAGAACGAUAUCUUUUCUUAUUCGACGGUGUACUUAUUGUUGCCAAGCAACAAAUUAAAAAGUUGAAUGUAAUUCCCUCUGGUGAACAGCUGGAGUAUAGAUUUAAAGAGAAAUUCUAUCCAAAGAAAGGCAUGGAUCUUCAAGACCUUAAGGAUGAUAAGGGUGUUUCAGAGAAUGCUUUUAAAUUGGUAACGGAUGAACAUGCCUCUAUCUUUGUAUGCAAAUCGGCGCAGGAAAAGAAUAAUUGGAUGGCAGCUAUUGUCCAUAUACUCGUCAGAAGUACUUUAGAUAAGUUGCUUGAUAUGAAAAUAACUGAAGAGGAAAGAAAUCAGCCGUUACCUAAAAUUCCGUCUGCUGAAUAUAAAUUCACAGAAGAAGAUAGCAAAUCAAAUAUUGAGUAUGACGAAAAUUGCAGCAGCGAGGCAGAAUGCGAAUCGAUACGCGGAGCUACCUUAUUAAAACUAGUCGAAAAGCUCACACCACCUUCUUCGUUCAAUCCGAGCUUCAUUAGGACAUUCUUGACCACAUAUCGGACGUUUUGUCAACCAGAACAACUACUAGAUCUCUUGAUAGAACGUUACGACAUUCCUCUCUAUUUGGAUUUAGAAACUUCCGUUUGUCCAAGUAAACGUUAUAGAAAGGAAUACGUCAAGCCGAUUCAGAUGAGGACACUGAAUGUUUUAAAGCAUUGGGUAGAUCAACAUUGGUAUGACUUUGAAAUGAAUCAGGAACUUUUGAAGAAACUCGAAAACUUCCUAGGUAGUUCAAAAGACAAAAGCAUGAGCAAGUGGUUAGAAAAUGUAAAAAAAGUCCUUCAACGCAAGAGAGAACAAAGGGAGGUAAAAAUUGAUUAUUGCUAUAGCUCCGAACCACCUCCUAUACUAUGGCAUAUUGCUACAAAAGACAAUACAGUCGAAUACGAUUUGAUGUCUCUACAUCCCGUGGAGUUAGCAAGACAAGUCACUCUUCUAGAAUUUGAUUUAUUUAAGGCUAUCAAAUCUUCCGAAAUGGUUGGAUCAUUAUGGACAAAAGCGGAUAAAUAUGAAACAUCACCAAAUAUUUUAAAAGCAAUUGACUUUUCUACCCGCUUUACUUAUUGGCUUGUUAAGACUAUUGUCGAAACAGGGAAUAUUGAAGAGAGAACGCAAGUUCUUCAUAGAGUUCUUGAAUUAUAUAUAAGUUUUUACGAUUUGAACAACUUUUCGGGAGUGAUUGAAGUUGCCUCUGCCCUUACAUCAGCUUCUGUUCAUCGAUUAACUCAUACGAGGCAAUUAGAGGGUAUUCAAAAUCGGGCUAAAUUCCUAAAAACUCUUGAGGAAGCCGAAGAAUUUUGUCAUAAUCAUAAUCGAAAAUAUUUUGAGAGAUUACGAAAUAUCAAUCCGCCGUGCGUUCCAUUUUUAGGAGCAUCUCUAAAUCACCUUCUUUUAACGGAAGUCGGCAACGCCGACUUUUUACAAAAGAAUCCGAAUCUAAUAAAUUUCGGCAAAUGUCGGAAAAUAGCAGAUAUUACAAACGAGAUUCAGCAAAAUCAGAAUUUACCUUACUGCCUGCAUGUUGAAAUGAAAAUUCGAAAUUUUUUGGAAAGCUUAAACCCUCACGAAGAUAAAUCAUCUCAUGAGUUGGAGACAUAUUUUUAUGAACGAAGCAUGCAAAUAGAACCUAGAAACUGUCCUCGACAAUCUUUACCUAAGUUUGAAAAGAAACGCCAGUAUCAAUUACGAUCUCCUGGUACGAAGUAUUCAAUAUUAACAACAAAGACGCCCAUUCAGUCGACUAGUGAUGCUAUACCAUCUACGCCAAGUAAAAUUUCAGCAGCAUCUCCAGUUGAAGAAAGUUACGAUUCAAGAGCAUCAUCUUGCUCAUCCACUCCUCCUGGAACUCCACAUUCGGCAUUAGUUUCUUCCAGUCCUGCCACUGACACACCUCCUAAUGUACCACCUAGGACGUAUAAAAGUAAACCUGUAAUUCCUCCAAGAACGAGACCAGCGGCCCCCCCAUUACCUCCGAGAAUACAGACAAGCAGAGUUAACUCGGCCCCUCCAUCUCCUCCCCCAACUAAUGCGGAAGAGUUCCACAGCCUACCAAAUAGGCGUCACUCAUCUCGCGACGUCCCCAAUGGAACGCCCCAAUUACCGCCAAAAACUUACAAUAUAAAGCCAUUUCAUCAGAGGCAUCCAAGUAAAUGA